UUGCAAUCACUUCAGCUGGUGCUUGGUUUGAUUUUUAUUCGAGCAAAACCCAAGCAAAGGAGACCGGGGAUCUGGGUCAUCGGCACACCACGGGCUGCGACCCCGGCCUGGACUUCGGUGGCUCUGCUAGUCCAGAUCCCCAUGCUUCUCCGCUAGCUUGCCCUGGACGCUAACUCCCCGCACACCUCGGACCUGUCAGGCUCGCCCGGUGUAUGCGACAACUGCUGCUGGGUCGGAAAUGCUGUUUUGUUGAAUAGAAGGGGCUAUGGUGCCGAAAGCAGACAGCUCGCAAACCCCUUGCUGUCCUUGACCCUCCUCGCAGCGGCUAGGCGAGCCGGGAGGGGCUACCAGAGCGCUGGCCUCACAGCCCACAGUAUUUUUUUCGCACGAACAGUGGCAAUCGCUAGCCAAGCGCUAAUGGCGAGAGUAUCAUGGCUUUUCCGUGCGCUCAGAAAGCCUUAAAACAUGCCCUACACGCCGAGACUGUAUGUCCUUUGGAGAAGGCAGGUCAGGCAGCCGGGUCUCUUUGCAGAAUAAGAUGGUUUAUUAAUGAUCAGAGAAGGGCAAUAUACAUGAUUAGAAAACAGUGUACAACCCAGUUUUUCUUUGUAGUGCCUUAUUUUGCUUUGAAGUCUCCCUUGUAGUCUGUCCCAUUAUUAUGCGAAACAAUCUGAUAUUCACGAAGGAAUCCGACUCUAUUAACAUAUUAGGUGGGUUUGGUUUGUUUGUUUUGAAAAAUGGAAAAGGAGAGCGGCCCCUUCGAGCAGUGGGAAUCGAGAGCAGCCAGAGUGUGAUGAGGGACCGUGGCUCCCGGGGGCCAUGCAGACUGCGGACGCUAGCGGGCACCAUCGAGGCCGAAGCCCUGCGGAGCGGGAGGAAGGGGGAUGCCUGCUGCCCAGCCGCUGCUUGCUCAUAUUUUGUGAAUGUCACUAGGGAGGAUGUGGUUUCCUUGUAUUUCUCCACGAUCUAAGUAAUCGCUGGGUCUCAACUGGCCAGUGAGCAAAAUCCUCUAAAGUGGUUAGCUUAAGCAGGGCAUUCAACUUCUAGCCGUGCAUAGUUAAAACUGAGAAAGCAACUGAAAGCCGGUGGACCCUCUAAUCUUUCCUUGAUAAGUCCCCAACUGCCGCCGCGGUUGGAUGUGUCUGAACUAGCUCCAGCAUAGAGACAGGGAAAACUAAACCUAGAUGCUUUUCCCGCAAUGCAAAAUUUAUUUCAGAUUUGCGGGCGACAAAAUACUCGAAGGGCUGCUAGUGGAGCACCGGGUUCGACGGGGAAGAAGAUCUGCGUGGCGAAGGGGGGGAGGGGAGACACAAGCCGCCUCCACGCGUGUCCUUGUCGGGCGAAGAGGGAAAGAGGGCCUCCCGCUGCGUGGGCACACUCCGCGGAGCCGGCAGGGCCCAGAACAGAGCUGCCGUGUGCCGCGGGGAGCAGUUCGCACACCGCAGUCUUUUCCGCGCCUUUCUGCAGGGCAGCGGGCUGAGCCCGGCGCGGGCGGGUCCUGUGCCCCUCGGGGGCCAAACUCUGUCGUGGGGAGGUGACACUUUUUCUCCUCGCACGUAGAAGGGCUCCUGGCCAGAGCGUUAUUACUUGGCUUCCCGGGUGAAGAGGCGCCCGGCGAAGCGAUGUUUGGGGCUCUACGGCCCGAUGGGGCAGCAUGCCAGCACCCCACAGGGGAUGGAUUCCCUCGACCUUGACUUGCUUUCAGAAGCCUUCCCCGAAGAAAGAGAAUUAUCUAGUCCAAACUCUGUCAUGCAAAGUGACUCUGCUUCGCAUCCCUCCCCCUGGCUCUUUUCAUUAAUUAGGGGCUGCAAAGGGUGUGGGGGAAGGGGAAGAGGCUGGAAGCUACUAAUUAUUCAAACUUUGGAGACAGCAUCCAGACGAGCUGGGUCAGCUCUUUAGGGCACUGCUUUGUAACCUGUGUAACAGGCGAGGAGUGAUUAUGCCGCUGUGCAAAUUCUCCAUUAAGAGAUUUCGUUUCAUUGUUACUGCCUGCAGGAUGUGCGCAGGCUCCAGCAUUAAGUAAACUAGUCUUUUUACCAUAGAAGAUAAAUAACUGCUAUGGCAAGAGAAGGUCGUGAAAACCUGCCCUUACCCCCGCCCCCAAGCAUUAACCUUUUUAACUGCUCUCAUCUGCAAGAGUUUUUUUCAUUAAGUGCCCCUCGUGUCGUCCCCCCACUCCCGUUUUGUCACAGGACUUUGUAAUUAUGCCCAUCUCCUACUGCAACUUCUUCGCGCCCCGGCAGCUUACGCCCCUCAGCCCCAGUCACGCCAGGACUCCCCCCGCUGCCCGAGGCCGCGGGCGAGAGGGAGAGCAGCGCGCAGCGAUGCCCCGCAGCGCAGCCAGGCGUCCCGCAGGCAGUCCGAGAGUGAAGGAGGGAUGCAAGCAGGGAAGACGCCCGCCCUGUGCCCGCGGUGGGCGGCGAAGAGGCGAUGGGCCUGGGGCACAGCAGCCCCUAACCUCGCAGCAGCCUUUCCCACAUCGGUAUCCCGGAACAGGAAAGUCCCUGUUCAGCUUUCCCCCAUAAGAUCCUGUCUUCUUCUCCCCCGCCCCCCUCCCUCUGGCCCUUCCUGCCUCUGGCCCUUGCGACGGGAGCCGCUUCUCUCCGUGCGGGACGGGGCUGAGCCGCCUGGGGCAGCCGCCGAGGCGGCGGGGCAUGGGGACCGGACUCUGGGGACCAUCCGCCCGAGCUCAGCCCCCUGCCCUGAGUCAGCAGUCCGGUGCCUGGCGGGCAGGGCUGCCUUGAGCUUGCAGGGCUGAGCUGAGAUCCUGAAGUUGGUGGGUGGUGUGGUUUUUGUUUGUUGGGGUUUUUUGUUGUUGUUGGGUUUUUUUGUUUGUUUGUUUUUUGGGUGGUUUUUUUUUUUUUUUUAAAUCUGCCCUCGGUGUUUGCAAAGAGCCCGGAAGGUCUGUAGUGAGAGAAAGAGACUGGGGGAGGAGAAAGAAUUAAGGAAAGGAAAAGAUGGCGAGUUGCAGUACCAGCGUGCAGAAAGCAGCAUUUUUGUGCUGCUUCUUGCUGGCAAUGGGGAGCCUGAUCUUCUGUGCCCGGCCGGAGGAGGAGGAAGAGCAAGAAGAGCAGCGCUCUUGUCACGGCGCCUUUGAUCUCUACUUCGUCCUGGAUAAAUCUGGCAGUGUCAGAAAUCAUUGGACUGAGAUUUACUCUUUCGUGGAAAGCCUAGCUGAGAAGUUCAUAAGUCCGAUGUUGCGGAUGUCUUUCAUCGUUUUUUCUUCACGAGGAACUACAGUCAUGAAGCUAACAGAAAACAGGGAAGCCAUAAGACGAGGGCUCAGCAUUCUUCAGUAUGAAGUGCCUGGAGGUGACACGUUCAUGCAUGAAGGAUUUAAAAGGGCAAAUGAGCAGAUUUACCAUGAAACCUAUGGAGGAGUUCGGACAGCCAGCGUGAUUAUUGCUCUGACGGAUGGAGAAUUGCAAGAUGUUCAGUUUUAUUAUGCAGAACAAGAAGCUAACAGAGCCAGAAGCUUGGGAGCUAUUGUUUAUUGUGUUGGAGUUAAAGAUUUCAACGAAACUCAGCUGUCAACAAUUGCUGACAGCAUCGACCAUGUUUUUCCAGUUACGGGAGGCUUUUAUGCCCUGAGAGGAACCAUUGAUUCAAUUAUCAAGAAGUCAUGCAUUGAGAUCCUAGCAGCUGAGCCAUCAAGUGUUUGUGCAGGAGAAUCAUUUCAAGUUGUGGUACGAGGCAACGGCUUCUAUCACGCAAGAAAUAUUGACCAGGUACUCUGCAGCUUCAAGCUCAACGACAGUCUCACUAUCAGUGAAAAGCCAACCUUUGUUCAUGAUACUUACUUACUUUGUCCUGCCCCGGUGAUAGAAGAUGCUGGACAGGUGGUUUUCCUCCAAGUCAGCAUGAACAACGGACUAACGUUCAUCUCCAGCUCUGUCAGCAUCACCAGCACACAAUGUCUGACCGGGACCAUCCUUUUCAUUGCUCUCCUGAUCCUCUUUCUGCUGCUGGCUCUGGCUCUUCUUUGGUGGUUCUGGCCCCUUUGCUGCACAGUGGUGAUCAAAGAGCCACCCCCACCCCCACCGCCACAGCCUGAAUCAGAUGAUGAAGAUGGGUUGCCAAAAAAGUGGCCAACUGUGGAUGCAUCUUAUUAUGGAGGUCGAGGUGUUGGUGGGAUUAAGAGAAUGGAGGUACGGUGGGGAGACAAGGGGUCAACAGAGGAAGGAGCAAAAUUGGAGAAGCCCAAAAAUGCUAUUAUUAAGUUGCCAGAGCAAGAGUAUGAGCCGUGGGAGCCCAAGCCAAAAAAGCCCCACGUGAGAAAACCGCCAUCCCAGCGCAAGUGGUACACUCCCGUCCAGGGCAAACUCGAUGCACUGUGGGCUUUGGUUCGACGAGGCUAUGAUCAAGUCUCUCUGAUGAGACCGCAGCCAGGGGAUAAGGGAAGAUGCAUAAACUUCACUCGAGUGAAAUCAGAUGGAACCUCUGCUCCUUACAGCCCACCAACAAAUCUACCAUGGCGCAAUGACGCUCCUCUCAACAAUGCUUCAAGGAAUCCUUCUCCACCUGUGUCUCUGCAGCCUCCUUCCCGGCAGCCCCCUCCUGGACCACCCCCUUCCCGAGCGCCUCCUGGACCUCCUCCUUCACGCCCACCACCACAGCCCAUAGCUUAGAGUGCAGCAAACCCCUGAUUGACAAAACACGUCUCUUUGCUGAACACAGCAUAUUUAUUGAGUAUUGGUUUACAGUUAAAGAUAUCAGAAUUUGUUGCUGGUCAGCAAAAAAAGAAGAAAGCAAAAAAAAAAAAGGAAAAAGAAAAAUGUGUCAAUUUUAGUGUGUGAAUAUAUUUAUACCACAUGUGCUGAGUAAGCAUUCAGUGGAUAGAUUCAGAGCUAUGGGGUAUAGAAACAAACCAAAAUGGUCAUCUAGAUACAGUAUCAGCUUUUGUGUCUAUACAUUUGAAGAUCUAUUUGUGUAUGACAUUUUUCUGACUCGGUAUGUCAGAUCAUUCAUUAGUAACUGUAGCUUGUAGACAUGCAUCAGCGGUUUUGAUAGCUGCCACCUGCAAGCUGGCUAAACAUAGUUCAUUGAGGAAUUUGUUUUCUUUUCCCCAACAGUACUGCAUCCAGAUGUUAAUAUGGAACAACAAUUGCAAAGUUAACUUUCUGACUUUUAUUCUGCAGGUGGAAUUUCCAUGGAAGUCUUUAAAAAGGCUGUAACAGCAAUGAGGUGAAAUGAAACUAUGUGCCAAUAAUCUAGCAGUAGCAAUCUCGCUUAGAAGAGGGAUAUCUUCUUCUUCAAAGGAAGUCAGUUUUCAGCCUGCCAUCUCUGCAUAUGUCUGAACUUGGUUACAUAGGACAGCCAUUGAAGGCCAGAGAUUGGUCCUAGAAAUCCAAACCUUUAACAAGACCUGGGUUCACAUUUGUCCAAAGUUCAGAGGAAAUUGAGAAAAACAUUUUGGCUAGGUGUUUAGUUUUCGUUUGCAGGAAACACGAUCCAAAACAGAACAAAUAUGUGCGUAGCUUGAGAAUGAAUGCUAUAAUAUGGAAAUGUCAUGUAUUAUUUAUAUCAGCAGUAUUGAGGGACUAAUUCCAUCCAUGUUUAAUUAGAUACACUUCUUUUUGAUCUUACUGCCAAGCAGAACUAGAUCCUCUUGAGGAGUUUGUUUGAAUCAUUAGAAGUGGCUCGUUCCUUAGCCCAGUUCCCACUAAUAUGUAACCUUGCAGUCUACCUUUGGUUGAGAGGGCGUGGCAUGGCCAGUAUGAGCUUUUAUCCAUUUUACAGAAUGUUUGGCAAGAGGAUUUCCCAAACAUUGUGACUGGUCACCUCAGUUCUGUGUGUCAUCAGAAAGUGGUGUGAGCACCCACACAGAGGUAAGAAUUUAUGACGCGGGACUGUGGGACAGCCCAUGAGUAGUAUUUGCUAAGCAGUACUUGAGUGGGCUGUGCUCUGUUCAUUCCCUAGUGAAUCCAAAUAAUAUCUGAGCUUGCUUUUUCUCCACUACUACUUAUCAUAGUAUAUUGGAGAAGGUGGCUGCAAAUCUCUGUGCUGGUUUGCUUUGGUACUGUAUUAUGAGGAUAGUCAUAGAAAUAUGUUUAUGUUGCAUUAUGACACAGCAUAUACCUAUCUCUCCACCUCUGUGUAGGUGUGGGUGUGUAGCACAUCACAGUGGUUAUUGGCACAUAAGAACAUGAUAAAACACUUAACUGUACCAUGCAGUUAUUCCAGAUUUAAGGCUUCUUCAUGCAGUUGUUACUGGCACGUAAAGUUGCACCGGUACAAAUAGAAAUCAGACUGACUAUUUCCAGUGGAAAUCCCACUUGCAGAACACUAUGCCAAGCUCUCAUUGGUCUGUGCUGAUCACUGUGACAUGCCGUGUGUAUGCAGCUGAGGCUGUCAAAGAUAAACUCAGAAGAACCACAGAGCCUCUUUCUCCUCUUGCACUGCUCUGCUCUCUUGAGUUAUACUCUUACCUCAUGUGUAUUGGUGCAGGUAGAAGAAUCACAGUUGUGGGUGCCAACUGGUCUUGGAGCUGUUCCUAAUUUAGGCUUAAGCCAGCAAAGCACUUCUGCAUGCAUUAAAGUGCCUUGCAAGUCAAUAAGAACAGCCUUAUGUCCAAAUACUUUGCUGACCUGUGACUUCCUUGUGAUCAGAAAGGAGAAUUGGAAAGCACUCAACCAUAUCUUUGUUCUUUUUGGUCACUUGAAUAGGGCCUGCAUAAUUUGGUCUAUAAGAAUGGAAUUCUCUUUGGAGGAGAGAGACGUGUGUGUGUGUCUGUGUGUGUGCAGGAAAUGUGUAGGGUUUUAUUUGGUUUCUCUCCCUUAAGAAAAGUUGCUCUGAGAGUAGAAGUCCUAUGAAUGGAAAGGCCUUUUGCAACCAGAGUGACUCAGUCAUCAAUUACUAUGUCCAUUUCUGUCAGCUGAAUGAUGAAACUAAAACAUGUCCAAAUUUCCACUGUAAUUUUGGGGAAGCUCCACUUUUGACAGGAGUGAAAGGAACUGGGUAACUGCAGCAGAGAGGUGUGUGGGAAGGUGCUUUACUAGCAGAGAUCGUUGGCUGGCAUUUUUUUCAUUGAUUUCACCUGUGUGAAAUAAACUCAACGGGUCUAAAACCAGUUGUAAUGUGUUCAUACAGCUGAAACUAACAGCCUCUCAUGUUGGCUCUCUUAAGAGUAAUUAGUAGGCAAAUGCUAAUUGGGAACUGAAAUGGCAGAGUACAAUAAAACCAUUCCCCUGCCAGGACAAAGCAUGGUGUUUGAGGGUGUGCUGCUUGUGGGAGUGAGGCAGACCACUGCUCUGAAGAUGCCGAAUCUUAUUAGCAGGGAGAUUGAAACAACAGUGGAACUCACAAAUGAUGUAACAAUAAAAGGGAAAACUUAUCACAAAAUUAGUAUCUGCUAAAAAAGUUGAAUUGGUGGGUCAGGAGUACACUUUAGCUCACAAAAAAUAAAAAAGCCCAGGAGACAAAUUUUGUGUUGUCUUGUACCUGUACAGAUCUUGAGACAAGUCAGUUGCAUGUUUUCAUGACUGUUAGAGCUGGUAGAAUUUGACUCGCUCCCAGUGAGAAUGAAGGCAUGGGCUUUGGAAAGACUUCUCACAGUCAUCCAUUCAAUGUGCCUGUUGUUUGCAGCUAAGGGGGACACACUGGAAUAGCCAGUCUUGCAGAGAGAACAGAUACUAACCUUUUCUGCAGAGCUUCUAAGUGCAGUGAGGGUAGGAGUGGUUUAGGCUUCCAGGUGAUCAGAUCUGUAUACAGUAAAGCAGGAAGCACUAUGAAUUUGAAAAUUAGAUUCAGUAUAAAUGGAGUUCUCAGCAUUUUCACUAUAUAAAAUUAAGCAUUUGGUGUGUAUUUCUAAUUUUGGCUGCUGCUACUGUGAUGGGCACUGCAGAUUUAAUUUGCCAGUAAAGCACGAAGAAAGGAAAGUGAACCUGAACUGAAUUGCCUUUACAAAGCUGGAAGCAACGAAUAUGCUGCACAGGCUGUAGAAAGGCCUUUCGGUUUUCUAGAGAUGUACCCAUUUGCAGUGAUCUCAGGCACUAUUAAUAACACAGUAGGAGAAAUUCGUUGCUAUUUUACUGUCUGCUGAGCUUGAUCCUUACCUGGUGUAAAUCCACAGAGGCCGAGUAAAGUCAAGGCAGUAACACUGUUGUUUAUCAGCUAAGAGAUGGCUCAAAAUAAGCGAAGAGAUAAAAUCCCUCUAACUGCCUUGAUAUUUGGGUGUUUGUAUGCUUGUAUGUCAGUUAUGAUUACAAUAGCUACACUGCUAAGAAAUGUUCUCACAUGGGAUGAUUCCCCUAUAUAUAAUUUGAAACUUGAAAAAAUAAUCCAGUUGCUCUCCAAACCUAAGAGAAAAGUGUGGAUUCAGAGGACCAUUGGCUCAUGCUUUGCAUGGAUGUGAAAUGACUCAAGGCACAAUGCAGCAGGGAAGGAACCCCCAUGUGUCUAAAGCUGAUACAGAACCGCAUUGAUCAAAGCAUAUUUAUGGCCAUCUUUCAACAUCAGUAUUGCCAUCUGUGGGAGUUGCCUGCAGAGCAGACGGUCCUACAUGUGAAAGGAAAACAAAACAAAGCAAAAAAAAAUUCAAAGAGAAAGGAAAAGAAUCAGCUCCUCAUCUGAAUGAACAAGCAUAACAGUGAGUGACAUUAUUUCAUGAACUGUGCCAGUUCCAAUGCAUGUGCACCUGGUGCUCCUAAUGCUUUUUACUCCUGUUGGUCUUUAGACAACAUAAGCAGUAAUAAUGCUUUCUCUCUUUCAUUUUGUGUUGGUUAUAUUGUUGUUGUUUUGGGGUUUUGGUUUUGUUGUUGGUUGUUUUUUUUUUUAACAAACACAUUUCACUGAGAAAACAGCCCUGCUUCUGUAAAUAUAGAGUUUAAUGUGGAGGAGACAGCACACUUCUGGAUGUUACUGCUGGACAGUUAUUUAUUUAAAAAGGGCUUAAGGUGAAUCAAUACAGGUGGCUCAGGUUACAUGCAUGCAAGUGUGAUAAUGCGGCAUAGCAUUUUCAGUUCUCUGUAGUUUAGGGGGAAGGGUAAUUUUUGGGUCAUCCUAGGUUGUCUAGAAAUUUGUUACCGAUCUGAUCCUUUGGAAUAAUGCAGUGGAGAUUCCUAACGUAUAUCGGUGCUUGAGCAGAUGUGUAGAUUAUAAUGGCGUUAUUUUCAUCGAGGGGGGGAGAAGGUAGUGAAGGAGAAAAGUUGUAGUUUAUGAGAGAAAAGAUGUACUGUACUAAAAAUAUUUGUCUUAGAAAAAGAUGUGUUCUUAGAAACAGUGCGGCCAUGGGCUGAUACGCAGCCAAGGCGUGGCAAUGGCAGGCAGGCAGAUUGGAGAGGGACAGAGAAGUUUUACAUGGAGGUGUGGGUUUGUUCCUGGUACACGUGGUACAGAUUUCUGUAACUGAUGUGCUGCUUCCAUCUUAUAAUUGUAUAACCUUUAUGCAUUCUUAUGCGCCUGCUCCAGUUUUUUUCUGAGGAAAACCUUGCAAAUGUAAUGCCUGCAUGCAAAUGUGGGAGAUGUAGCCAAAGUCUUAUAAUCCAACAUAAUGUAGUCUUAAUGGAUUCAAAAUGAACAAUAAAAGUGGUUACUGGUUAAACACUACAGAGAA